AGGAAGUGCAGGAUGUGUAGGGGAAGUGUGAGAGGAUAAUGUAGUGUGGAACACGAGAACAUGUACUCAGAGGACAUAGAAUGAGCAGGUUCAUCUCCAGGGCUGCAGUGCUGUACCAGGGAGCUGUAAGGGGUCUCUGUGUCUCCUCUAAGCAGGAGAGAGAAUCUGCAACCCAGCCAUGCUCAGAGAAAGAGGCAACCGUGUAUGUUCAUUGGCCCUACUGUGAGAAGCGCUGCACAUACUGCAAUUUCAACAAGUAUAUUCCCCGCUCUGAGAAUGAAACUGCCAUCCGCUCCUGUCUGGUGCAAGAGGCUCGCACACUGAUCCAACUCAGCCAGGUGCACAGGGUCACUUCAGUGUUUUUUGGGGGUGGGACCCCAAGUCUUGCUAGCUAUGAUAGCAUUGCUGCAGUGCUUGAGGCAAUCUCCCAGACUGCACUGCUGCCACAAGAUGCAGAAAUCACUUUAGAAGCCAACCCCACAUCAGCAGAAAGAAGUCGGUUGCAGCAGUUUAAAAAGGCUGGAGUGAAUCGACUGUCUCUGGGGGUGCAGUCUCUGGAGGACCAAGAACUUCUGCUUUUGGGAAGGACUCACUCUGCCUAUGAGGCACAAAAGACUCUAGAAGAAGCUUGCAAUCUCUUCCCUGGGCGCACUUCGGUGGAUAUCAUAUUUGGGCUUCCAGGGCAAAGCUUGGCAUCCUGGCACAGGACUUUGAGGCAGCUGCUUGACAUUUGUGAUGACCAUGUUUCCUUAUACCAGCUGACCUUGGAAAGGGGUACUGCUCUCUUUAAAAUGGUGCAUGAUGGUCGACUCCCUACCCCAGAUGUGGAGGUAGCUGCCCAGAUGUAUGAGGAUGCCAGAAAAACCCUCUGUGAAGCUGGAUUCCGACACUAUGAGGUGUCCAACUUUGCUAGAAAUGGAGCACUGAGUGUGCACAAUAUGUCCUACUGGCUGGGGAAGCAAUAUAUUGGGAUAGGACCAGGGGCACAUAGUCGUUUUGUGCCACGUGGCAGUGGGGGCCAACGCAGACAGGCCCGAAUACAAACUCUAGAACCAGAGCCUUGGAUGAAGGAAGUGACACGUUAUGGACACGGAACACGGAAAGUCACAGAACUCAGCGAACUGGAUGUCUUGUCGGAAACCCUGGUUCAAGGAUUAAGAACUGAUAUUGGUAUUACUCACGAGCGUUGGCAGAAAAUUUUUCCCUCUCUCAGUCUAUUCCAUGUGUUUGGCGCAUCACAGGAGAUCGAGGAGCUGCUGCAGGCGGAAUUACUGGUGCUGGAUGAAAGAAGCCUUCGCUGCUCCAGGAAGGGACUGGCUGUAUUAGACUGCUUGCUGUUACCUCUGCUGACUCAACUGCAGGAGCACUGGGCUCAGAGAGAGACACUGACAUCUUGUGAGCACCACAAUACCCCUAAAUUAUAGAAACCAGCUCCAAUCUUCCACAGCCAUAGAGUGCGAUGUAAAGCCAAGUCUAGUCACAAGUGCAAAUCCUUACAAAUCAUACUCACAGUCAUACAUAAGCACUGAUACACUAAUUUUUCCCUUACCCUCCAUAUUUUUUUUGUUUUUACUUUUUUCCUCUCCCCCAGGUCCAAAUGAAAGGAUAUACCAGACACUAAAUGCCAAAUAAUUAAGGGUUUUAUUUAUUGAUGUUGUAAAAAAAGAAUUUAAGCAUAUUUCUUUAUUUAUUUGGAAAAUAAAUUUUAAAAAAAGA